AUGGAGACUGUGAAAGAGGACUGCAUAUAUGAGAUUUCAAAGCAUCAGUUCUAUAGGACAAGAUCGAAAUGUGCAGAAGUUAUUAAUGGGAUUGUAGCUGAGCAGUACAAAAUUUUAUGGGAUUAUGGUGAGGAAUUGAAGAGAACAAAUCCAGGCAGUACAGUCCAAAUCGAAGGUUCGGGACAUACUUUUAAGAGAUUGUACAUCUGCAUAGGGGCUUGUAAGGAAGGGUUUAAGGCUGGGGGCAGGCCAGUUGUUGGGUUGGAUGGAUGCUUCUUAAAAUCUGCAGAAGGUGGACAGUUGUUGGCAGCUGUUGGCAUUGAUGGUGAGAAUUGUAUGUUCCCGUUAGCAUGGGCAGUUGUGGAUGUAGAGAACAAAACAAACUGGCAAUGGUUCAUAGAAUUGUUGGUUGGUGACAUAGGGAUGCACAACCCUCGAGCUUGGACAUUCAUUUCCGACAAACAAAAGGGUUUGGUGGAUUCCAUAAGUCAAUACUGUGAAGGAGCGGAGCAUAGGUGUUGUGCUAGACCUCUCUAUAGCAAUUUCACCUUGGCACACAAAGGUCUGGCACUUAAGAACUUAUUUUGGACUGCAGCAAGGGCAACAACAGUGUCGGAGUGGAAGAGUGCAAUGAAUGAGUUAAAAGAUAUAAGUGAAGAGGCUUACAACUGGUUCCUUGAAAAACCUCCUUCCCAGUGGACUAGAUCCCAUUUUGAAGAGCAUUCAAGAUGUGAUAUUCUUCUUAAUAAUUUGUGUGAGGCAUUCAACUCUUCCAUUGUUGUUGCCAGAGACAGGCCCAUCAUCUCCAUGCUAGAGAAAAUUCGGCAUCAGCAAAUGAUAAGGAUGAAUGCAAAAAGGGAAGCGACAGAGAGGUGGGAUCAUGCAUUCGGGCCAAGAAUUGUGAAAAUCAUUGAGAAGGUUAAGUCUGAGGCAAGGUACUUGAAGGCAGACUAUGCAGGCAACCAGAAAUUUGAGAUAAGCAACAGAGAUGGUUUGAGGUGGAGCGUUGACUUGACAGAACAUGCAUGUGCUUGCAGAAAAUGGCAGCUCACUGGAAUACCAUGUCCCCAUGCAAUAUCAGGCAUGCUUUCAAGGAAUAUUGGCAUAUAUGAGUACAUCGACCCAUGGUAUAGCAAGGAGACAUACCUGAAAUGUUACUCCCCAGUGAUCCACCCGAUGUCAGGGCCUGAAUUGUGGCCAGAAUUGGGAAAGCAUCCUCUCACUCAACCUCAGAAGAGAAAACAGGCUGGUAGACCCAAAAAAUUGAGGAAGAGGUCACAGGCAGAGCCACCUACAGGCGUGAAGAUGGGAAGGACUAGCAUGAAGAUGACGUGUAAACGCUGUGGAGGGUCUGGAUAUAACAAAAGAAGCUGUAAGGAGGCACUGCCUGGUAAAGAUAGUUCACAGCAACAGUCUCAACCAACCACACAAGAAGAUACACAUACCAGAUCAACAAAGGGGAAGAGAAAAGCACAUUCAACACAAACCUCCAAGUCACAGACAAAGAAGUCCAAGCAUAAUGUAACUGGAAUUUUUGAUGAAAUUAUUCAAUGUGAUGAUAAUGUUGAUGUCGAAUAUCUUGCAUUAUGUUUCUGCUUUUCGCCGUUGGUUUCUGAAAUUGUAUUCGUAAGAUCUGAUGUGCAGGCGAUUAUGAAAUAUAUGAGAAUGUUUGAUACUUUCUAUGAACGUAUUAUCAAACGUUUGAAAAGGUUUGGUACUGAUUCUGCGAAUCGCUAUAAGGUUUGGUACCUAUGGUGCACCUUCUUCAGAUAA